AUGACACAUGUAAAUAGGCACACGGCGAACACAAAGUCGUACACCGUCGCGAUCGCAUCGAGCGCCACCACAUACAGUAAGUACCCUGGUCUAGACACAAACGCGCCGGCGGGGUGGUCCGUUCGGGCGCGGCCGCCUAGCGCGGCGGGCUGUACUCCAUCUUCAGCACCGGCCCCCCGUAGGCGGCGGCGAAGAAGUCGGGCCAGAGCAGCGGCUGCGGCA